AUGUUAGAAGAACACCGAAAAGUACAAGCCCUACCACGCGAUCCAUCCGAUCCUCCUGGGACCGAAGUGGCUGUGGCCCCUCUCAUCGUGUACUCGGACUCUACCCGCCUCGCCAGCUUCGGCGAUGCAUCUCUCUGGCCGGUAUAUCUGUUCUUUGGCUGGGUCUCGAAGUACAUCCGUGGGAAGCCCAGUUCCUUCGCAGCGCAUCACUUGGCAUACCUGCCCACUGAGGCCUAUCUGAAGAUUUACAAUGUCGCGGCAUCAUCCGACAUCCUACGCUUUUGCAAACAGGAAUUGAUACAUGCCAUAUGGCGUCUCAUCCUGGAUCCUGAGUUCAUGCAUGCAUACGAACAUGGGUGUCUUGUGAAAUGUGGCGACGGCAUUUGGCGACGCCUCUUCCCGCGGUUCUUCAUUUAUGCUGCUGAUUAUCCCGAGAAGGUUCUCCUUGCGUGUAUUCGCUAUCUCGCCCAGUGUCCAUGUCCCAGAUGUCUUGUUCAGAAAAGCGAGCUCGCAAACAUGGGGUCACAAGAAGACAUGCAACACCGAACCGAACUGCGUACGGACAGCAGCUUUAUCCAACGGCUAGUCGCGCGCGCCCGCCUGGGCAUCUUCAAGAAGGGCUGGUCGCUAGGCAGUAAGAAGAUUAGCAACAUUCUGAGUUCAGUGUCUCUGACGGCCACACGGAGUGCAUUCUCUGAACGACUCAGUCGCUUCGGCUUCAACCACUAUUCCAUGUUUGUCCCCGACGUCAUGCAUGAGUGUGAGCUCGGAGUGUGGAAGGCACUACUCAUGCAUCUCCUCCGUAUUCUGUAUGCCGAGGGGAAGGAAAGAAUUCAAACGUUCAAUCAACGACGCUUUCAUCGGAACGUGUCGGCACUGAAACAAUUGGCCGCUCGUGACUAUGAAGACAUACUUCAGACAAUCAUCCCCGUGUUCGAAGGACUGCUACCUCCCCCACACAACGAAAUUAUCCUCGAUCUCUUGUUCGAAUUUGCACUCUUUCACGGACUGUCAAAACUACGCUUGCAUACGGAGGAAACACUCAAGAUAUUCUCCAUCGUGACCAAGUCGCUGGGUGAGCUGAUGGCACGCUUCAAAGCGGAGACUUGUGAAGCCUACGACACAUACGAACUUCCCAGAGAAGAAGCUGCUCGGGGUCGGCGCACAGCGGCCAUGAGACAACGCGCAUCCGGCCAUGGAAAGACCCAUGCCGAUGAUCAUGCGACCCCUCAGAGCUCAAGCGCGGCAAAUCCGGGCAGAAGCAAAAAGCGUGCUAAUGAGACCGUAGCUCAGCGCAAGGAGCAACUUGAACCGGUCACAAGACAGGCCACAAAUAGACGCAAGCGCAAGGAAUUCAAUCUGCAGACAUUCAAAUGGCACUCUUUUGGCGACUACCCUCGCAUGAUACCAAUAUUUGGUACGCUCGAUGUCAUGAAUACCCAGACUGGCGAACAAGAACAUCGCCGGCUCAAGCGAUACUACUUGCAUACCAACAAAAAGAAGACGCGCAACCGGCAGAUUUGCAAACGAGAACGCCGUGUCGCAAGACUCCGCGAAAUUGCCAGGCGCGACUGUGAACGUGCUGCGGUGCGUGUCGCCAUCUCAGCUCAAGACCAACCUACCUCUGGUACUCUCGCCGACUCCGAGGCAGCCCAAGGAGGCGGAAACUUCCUCAGUGGUGCUGCCGCUCUGCGAUUUGAGGCGUCAGAGUCGUUGCCAUCUCAAACACCACCUACAGCUCACUACCACAUUUCCGAUGACGCCAGCCACUCGGAGAACCUGCGACAAUGGCUUCAUGCCCACAGGGCCGAUCCUGCCUUCAACGGCUUCGAAGUGAACUUGAGGAACCAUCUACUCGGCCGCAUCAGAGGCCGGUCGUAUGAUGGUGAUGAAGACGGUGGAUUUACUGACGAAGAUCGCGACACCAUACGCUUUGAACACAGUCGUGUUUACUUCCACAAGGUCCUGCGCAUCAAUUACACAACGUACGACAAGCGUCGCGCCCAAGAUUCGGUGAAUCCUCGAACUCACGCUGACGUUAUGCUCCUGGCUCACGACGAUGACGACGGCGACAACAACCAUGCACACACUGCUACUCACCCAUACUGGUAUGCUCGUGUUGUUGGCGUCCUGCAUUUCGAUGUGAAGGUCAAGGGUGUCUUCGGCACAACCAAGUAUGCUCAGCGAAUGGAUGUCUUAUGGGUACGGUGGUUUGGAUAUGACUACGAUGAGCCAGGAGGUUUCCGCACUCGCCGAUUACAUCGUGUUGGCUUCGUCGACCACACAGAUCCAAGCGCUCUCGGUUUCAUCGACCCGCAUGAAGUCAUCCGAGCAUGCCAUCUCAUGCCAGCCUCUGCUCACGGGCGAACGCAAGAUUACCUCCCACCGUCUGCUGUUCGACAGGCAGACGAGCAUCAUUCGGAUUACAAGUACUAUUAUGUGGGCAUGUUCGUAGACAGAGACAUGCUCAUGAGAUACAUAGGCGGCGCUGUUGGCCAUAGGGGAUCUGGCUCUGUCCACCUCCACGAGGAUGCGGAGGCCAUAUUCACCAGAGCUGCAGACACAAGCGACUCCCAAGGUGCAGCUGCCGUCAGUAGGGCAUGCGAGAGUACAGAGCCGGAAGAAUGGGACGACGUACCUGAUGUCGACGAAGACGAAGGCAGCGAGGAUGAAGAUGCUCCAAGUCACGCCAACGACCUAGCCGAAAUUGCGGUAUCCGAGAAAGACACUGUUCAAGUGGACGACAUUCUUGAAGAUGAGGAGCAGGACUAUGGAUAUUGCCCCUCAGAUGGGUCGGACUCGGACAGUACCGGCGAGGACGACGUCGAUGACGGAGUCGAUGGAGGUGUUGCCGAACUAGACAGUGGUGUGCAGGAGGAUUUGGGCCCAGAAGACGGAGAGGAUGGUGAUUAUGACGAUCCCGUUGACGACCUCGGCUAUGCACCUUUGUAGUAUUCCUCUAUUCCCGCUGAUGGUUGACUCAAUGCACUAGCCUGAGUACGGCGGACCCUUCACUCGGAC